UAAAUCAAGCCAUUAGUUGGCCGCCACCGAAACCCAGAGGAGUUUUCACACGAGCCGUUUUUUUUAAUCUCUGUAGUCUUUUCCUCCGUUUCCAUCGUGCAAGUCUAUACCAUACUCCACUUCCUUGGACAAUUCAGCUCAAUCGCCUCUCCUGACCGCCUCGAAAUGCUGAGGUUUUAGCUUCUGCAUUUCUGAAUUCCGAUCAGGUAGGAAGCGGAGGAGCUGAGAAUGUACUCCGUGAUCAAUAAUUGCGAUUGGUGAAUUUCUGCGAUAUAAAGCGUAUUGACAUGAGUUGCUGUUUUGGUGGAUCAAGUGUGCGCCGUAGAAGGAGUAGUAAUAAUUGUUCUCAUCAUGAAGCUCGUGAUACUGGAGGUCACUCUGUUGGAACAACAACAAAUUUCUCAUACACCGAGUUAAAAGAAGCAACAAACAACUUCAGUCAAGUUAAUAAGAUUGGAAGAGGAGGUUUUGGGACUGUUUACAAGGGAACCCUACGUGGUUUACAAGUUGCAGUGAAAGCACUCUCUGCCGAAUCAAGACAAGGAAUCCGUGAGUUUUUGACAGAGAUUGAAACUAUAUCAAAUGUAAAACAUCCUAAUCUGGUCGAGUUAAUUGGGUGCUGUGUUCAUGGUGAUAAUCGGCUCUUGGUGUAUGAAUAUUUAGAGAAUAGGAGCCUUGAUCGAGCAUUAUUUGGUCAAAGGAGGGAUGCUAACUUGGAUUGGAGAACAAGAGCUGCUAUUUGCAUAGGAACUGCCGAGGGUCUAGCUUAUCUUCAUGAAAUCUUAGUACCACAUAUAGUACACAGGGACAUUAAAGCCAGUAAUAUACUGCUUGACAAGGAUUACAAACCAAAGAUAGGAGAUUUUGGGUUGGCUAAACUUUUCCCAGAGAAUAUAACCCACAUCAGUACCAAAAUAGCAGGAACAACUGGUUACCUGGCACCUGAAUAUGUAAUAGGCGGUCAAUUGACAUUAAAGGCUGAUGUCUACAGCUUUGGCGUCCUAAUACUUGAAGUUAUAAGUGCAAGGAGCAGUUCAAGUAUUAACUGGGGAGGACAACAGAAAUUACUUCUGGAACGGGCAUGGGAGCUGUAUGAAGGAGGCAAUUUGUUGGAGUUGGUGGACUCCGAACUGGGUCAGUACCCCGAGAAGGAAGUCUUGAAGUAUAUGAAGGUUGCACUUUUCUGCACCCAAGCAAAUGCAAGCCGUAGACCGAUGAUGAGCCAGGUCAUCGACAUGCUCUCCAAAGACAUUCGGCUCAAUGAGAAGGAACUGACACCACCUGGUUUCUUUCAAGAUUCUGACAAGCGUGGCUCUCCAUCAAAACAGAACUUAUCCGCAACGUCAACAAGCCGACCGAUGAGCUCUGCUCCCUUUACCAUAACUCAGGUGACCGCUAGAUAAUUAAUGGUCAUUGUUAACUGGUGCUAAAAUCAUCCAGGAUACACGCACGGCGAUUUCAAUUUGCACAAAGAAGAGUCUGUAUAAGGACUGCAGUAGGGAUGUAGGAAAGUAGUGUCAUAUUAGGUGGGUUAAAUUAUUAUUGGUUGAUAUUUCUAUUGUUUUCCUCUUUUUCUUUCUAUUGCUUACCUCUUUUUGUUUUUGAUUUUUGAUUUAAUGAGAGGCCUAUACACGGUUUCUUUCUUAUGCUACUGCCUUCUGUAUAUGAUGUGAUUAAAUGUAUUAUAUUUCCUUUCA